GAAGUUCAAGGCUGGCGCCGUCACUUCUGCUCGACACAGCAGGCACCAGACAGCGCCUGGCUGCCGGCUGGUGUGGACCAGUCUCUCGCGAUGCGCCGUCUGUUGCUGCUCGUUCUCUUCUCCGCCGCUGUCGUGACGGUUGACGCCAUUAAGUGCUACGUAUGCGAUUCCGCAGAGGAUCCUCGCUGUGGAGAUCCCUUCAGCGAUCCUGAGGACCUGCUGGUGACCUGCCCAGUCGAGGAUGGGUUCUGUGUCAAGAAAAACUCCACAGAUGGCAUACAGCGCUCUUGCACAGGCAGCGAAGGCGAAUCCACUCUGGAGGGCUGUGUGCCGCAAGGUGCAGGGCAGGUCGUCUUCAUAAGCACUGUAUGCAGACCUGAUGGCUGCAAUGGUUCCAAGAUCUAGACACCUCACUGAUACCUCACAUUACUGUGUAAGGAAAAAAGGAUGCUGAUGUAAUCUGAAGUUAAGCUUCUUAUUCAAUUGCUAACACAACAUCAAUUCUCUUACCUUCGAUAUCGACACACGUAUGCUUGCUAAACUGAAACAUACUGUGGGAUGUGACGCAAUAUUUUAAUAAAUUUCAUGUAUGCUAAAUAAACAACAGCUUCAGCUGCA